AUGUCGCAAGGCCGUAAUCCUGACUUGAGGUUCUGCACGGUAUGUGCGUCCAAUAACAACCGUUCGAUGGAAUCACAUAAAGUUUUGCAAGAGGCGGGAUACAACGUUAGUUCCUAUGGUACAGGAUCUGCUGUGAGGCUACCGGGUCUCUCUAUAGAUAAGCCCAAUGUGUACGCCUUUGGUACACCUUAUAAUGAUAUAUACAACGAUUUACUGUCUCAGUCAGCAGAUCGAUACAAAUCCAACGGGUUGCUGCAGAUGCUUGAUCGAAACCGGAAACUUAAGAGGGCACCUGAGAAAUGGCAUGAGAAUACUGGAACAUUUGACUUUGUCUUUACUUGUGAGGAGAGAUGUUUUGAUUCUGUUUGUGAAGAUUUAAUGAAUAGAGGUGGGAUGCUGAAUAAGAUAGUUCAUGUUAUAAACGUCGAUAUCCGAGAUGAUAACGAAAAUGCCAAGAUUGGUGGUAAAGCUAUACUGCAGUUGGCCGAUAUGUUAAAUGACCAGGUGAGCCAAUGCAAUAAGAGUGGAGUGCCUUUUGAAGACUGUAUACUUGACGUACUGACCACAUGGCAGAAAAACCAUUCGAACUUACCAGUCCUAUAUUCUCCAGCAUACUAUUGA